AUGGAACAAAGUGCUCAGUUUGAUCUUUAUCCACCGAGGAAAUGCUCCGCGACCAACCGUCUAAUUACUGCAAAAGACCAUGCUUCCGUUCAGAUUAAUGUUGGAGAGGUUGACGAGAAAGGUCGCUUCACCAAUACAUAUACAACCUAUGCUUUAUGCGGUUUCGUUCGUUGUUCGGGAGAAUCUGAUGACUCCUUAAACCGGUUGGCUACAAGGGACGGCUUUCUUAAGAAGUAA